AUGUCUGUAAGUCAGCUCUCGCGACCCCCCGGCCACCGCGCGCAAAGCUUCUUCAUCGAGAACAAAAAUGUUGGCAACAAGGCCGAGAGCGAAGAUUGGAGAAUUCGCGGCUACAACCCGCUGACGUCGCCCGAUCUGCUCCAGCAUGAGAUUGCCCAAACCCCCAAGUCGAAGCAAACAGUGAUCGAGGGCCGUGACGAGUCCGUCGCUAUCGUCAAUGGAACCGACAAGAAGGAGAGACUACUGGUCAUCAUUGGCCCUUGCUCCAUCCACGACCCCAAAGCUGCUCUCGAGUACUGCGACAUGUUGCUACAAGAGAAGGAGAAGCACAAGGACGAGCUCCUCAUCGUGAUGCGCUCCUACCUCGAGAAGCCCCGCACGACAGUCGGAUGGAAGGGGUUGAUCAACGACCCGGAUAUCGACAACAGCUUCAAGAUCAACAAGGGUCUGCGCCUGUCGAGACAGCUCUUCGUCGACCUCACCGACAAGGGCAUGCCCAUUGCCAGCGAGAUGCUCGAUACCAUUUCGCCCCAGUUCCUUGCCGAUCUGCUGUCCGUCGGCGCUGUUGGCGCGAGAACCACCGAGAGUCAGCUGCACCGAGAGCUUGCGAGCGGUCUCAGUUUCCCCGUUGGAUUCAAGAACGGCACUGACGGCUCGCUCGGCGUCUCCAUUGAUGCCAUUGGCGCCGUCAGACACCCUCACCACUUCCUUUCUGUUACCAAGCCCGGUGUCGUGGCCGUCGUCGGUACCCUGGGCAACGAGGACUGCUUCACGAUUCUCAGAGGUGGUACUCGUGGCACCAACUACGAUGCCAAGAGCAUUGCUGAGGCUAAGGCUGCCCUGGAGAAGGCCGGUCUUCCCCAAAGACUCAUGGUCGAUUGCUCCCACGGCAACUCUCUGAAGAACCACAAGAACCAGCCCAAGGUUGCUGCAGACCUCGCUGGCCAGAUUGCCGGCGGCGAGACUGGCAUCAUGGGUGUCAUGAUUGAGAGCAACAUCAACGAGGGCAACCAAAAGGUGCCGAAGGAGGGCAAAGAGGGCCUGAAGUACGGAGUCAGCAUCACAGACGCAUGCAUCCACUGGGAUGACACCAUCUCUGUGCUCGACCAACUGGCCAACGCAGUGAAGCAGCGCCGCGAAGUCAUCAGCAAGAAUGGUGCUUGA